AUAAAAGCAGGCAGGCAGAGCGAGAGAGGGGUCAGAAUCACAGAAACGCAGCGCCAGAAAGAAGAGUCAGAAAGAAGAAAGAAGAAGACUCGAGCUGAUCACCCAAGAUGCCGGAGCAAAUGAAAAGCACCCAGCCACCGGAGGAGGAGGUGGAGACCUUUGCCUUCCAGGCAGAAAUCGCACAGCUCAUGUCCCUGAUCAUCAACACCUUCUAUUCCAACAAAGAGAUCUUCCUGAGGGAGCUCAUCUCCAACUCCUCUGAUGCUCUGGACAAAAUCCGCUAUGAAAGCUUGACUGACCCCAGCAGGCUUGACUCCUGCAAACAGCUGAAGGUUGACAUAAUUCCUGACCUACUGACCCGCACCCUGACCAUCGUAGACACUGGGAUCGGCAUGACCAAGGCUGACCUCAUCAAUAACCUGGGGACCAUCGCCAAGUCUGGAACCAAAGCCUUCAUGGAGGCCUUGGCUGCCGGGGCAGAUAUCUCCAUGAUCGGCCAGUUCGGUGUGGGGUUCUACUCUGCUUACCUGGUGGCUGAGAAAGUGACCGUCAUCACCAAACACAACGACGAUGAGCAGUACCUGUGGGAAUCUGCCGCUGGGGGCUCCUUCACUGUGAAACUAGAUAACGGGGAGUCCAUCGGUCGUGGCACCAAAGUUAUACUGCGACUCAAGGAAGACCAAGUGGAGUAUCUCGAGGAAAAACGAAUCAAAGAAAUCGUGAAGAAACACUCGCAAUUCAUCGGAUACCCAAUCACACUCUAUGUGGAGAAGCAGAGAGAGAAGGAGGUGGACAUGGACGAUGUGAAGGAGGAGGAGCUUGAGAAGAAGGCGGAGCCUGAGGGCACGAAGAGCGACGCCCCCCAGAUCGAGGACGUCGGCUCGGAUGAGGAAGAGGACAAGGAUGGCAGCAACAAAAGAAAGAAGAAGAUCAAGGAGAAGUACAUCGACGCCCAGGAGCUCAACAAGACCAAGCCCCUCUGGACCAGGAACCCCGAUGACAUCACCACCGAGGAGUAUGGAGAGUUCUACAAGAGCCUCACCAACGACUGGGAGGACCACCUGGCAGUCAAACAUUUCUCAGUGGAGGGUCAGCUGGAGUUCAGGGCCCUGCUGUUCGUUCCGAGGCGGGCGGCUUUCGACCUGUUUGAGAACAAGAAGAAGAAGAACAACAUCAAGCUGUACGUGCGCAGAGUCUUCAUCAUGGACAACUGUGACGAGCUCAUGCCUGAGUAUCUCAAUUUUGUCAAAGGCGUGGUGGACUCUGAAGAUCUUCCUCUGAACAUCUCCCGCGAGAUGCUGCAGCAGAGCAAGAUCCUGAAAGUGAUCCGCAAGAACCUGGUCAAGAAGUGUAUGGAGCUCUUCAGCGAACUCAUGGAGGACAAGGACAACUACAAGAAGUACUACGAGCAGUUUGGCAAGAACAUCAAGCUUGGAAUUCAUGAGGAUUCCCAGAACCGCAAGAAGCUUUCUGAAAUGCUUCGCUACUACACUUCUGCAUCGGGUGACGAGAUGGUAUCUUUGAAGGACUACGUGUCCCGAAUGAAGGACACCCAGAAGCACAUCUACUACAUCACUGGUGAGACCAAGGAGCAGGUAUCCCACUCUGCCUUCGUGGAGCGCCUGCGGAAGCACGGCCUGGAGGUGAUCUACAUGAUCGAGCCCAUCGACGAGUACUGUGUGCAGCAGCUCAAGGAGUUUGAUGGCAAGACCUUGGUGUCGGUGACCAAGGAAGGGCUGGAGCUCCCCGAGGAUGAGGCGGAGAAGAAGCAGGCAGAGGAGAUGAAGGCCAAGUUUGAGAGCCUCUGCAAAAUCAUCAAAGACAUCCUGGACAAAAAGGUUGAAAAAGUAACAGUCUCCAACCGCCUGGUAUCAUCCCCCUGCUGCAUCGUAACCAGCACCUAUGGCUGGACCGCAAACAUGGAGAGGAUCAUGAAGUCCCAAGCCUUGAGAGACAACUCCACCAUGGGCUACAUGACAGCCAAAAAACACCUGGAGAUCAACCCGGACCAUCCCAUCAUCGAGACUCUCCGACAGAAGGCAGAGGCUGACAAGAACGACAAGUCUGUGAAGGACCUGGUCAUCCUGCUCUUCGAGACCUCGCUGCUGUCCUCCGGCUUCACACUGGACGACCCCCAGACUCACUCCAACCGCAUCUACAGGAUGAUCAAGCUGGGGCUGGGUAUUGACGAUGAUGACGCGAUUGCUGAUGAGAUCGUCCAGCCUGCUGAAGAGGACAUGCCUCUUCUGGAGGAAGAUGGGAACUCUUCCCGAAUGGAAGAAGUCGAUUAAAGACAAGCCCAUGCACACAAUUACCAAGCUAAUCAUUACAGUUAAAUUUUUCUUUUUGUUUGUUUUUUUUUUUUUGUUUUUUUACUAUUUUAUAUAAUUUUGUUACCAGCGUGGAACAUUUAAAGGCUAGGCAAUGCAUUAUUCUUUUUAUCAUUAUGAUAUUUAUUUUCAUUUUUAAGGAGUCAACCCUUUUAGUUUUUCUGUGUUUUUUUGCACUGUUACAGACUGUCACUGCAGAUACAGUGUGAAAGGAAUCAAACUGAGUAAACUGAUCAUUUAGACACAACAGUGUUUUGUAAGAAAAAGGAUAAUUCUCAGUAUCUUGUAAAAAAAAUGUAAAUGUAUAAAAUUGUUUGAAUUCUAGUUACUUUUUAAUAAAUAUCUUUGUACAAAACACUCAA